CACACAUCCUGACAGCUGAGUUGAGUUGUGAAGACGUGUACUUUCUGGACCAAUUUAGCCGCCUAGACAGUUAAUUUUCGCUAUUACUGCAGAUAAUACUACAUAUAUUUUGUUCGCAGUGUUUAGCGACAUUAUUUUUCGUAAUGGCGACCGUGGAGGAGUUGAAGCUGCGGGUCAGAGAGUUGGAAAAUGAAUUGAUAAAGUGUAAGCAGAAGCAGUGCGCCGCGGAAGAUGCUCAAUGCCAGGAACAAUACAGACCCAAGAUUGACAAAAUGAGCGCCGAAGUUGUGGAUUCCAACCCAUACAGUCGUCUCAUGGCUCUAAAGAGAAUGGGUAUCGUGGAUGAUUAUGAGAAAAUCAGGACGUUCACAGUCGCCGUGGUUGGUGUUGGUGGAGUCGGCAGUGUGACAGCUGAAAUGCUCACCAGAUGUGGCAUUGGUAAGUUGCUCCUCUUUGACUAUGAUAAAGUCGAGCUGGCCAAUAUGAACAGACUGUUCUUCCAGCCUCACCAGGCAGGCCUCAGUAAAGUGGAAGCUGCAGAACACACACUCAGGAACAUCAACCCGGAUGUGCAGUUUGAGACCCACAACUACAAUAUCACCACAAUGGAAAAUUUUACACAUUUUAUGGAGCGCAUCAGUUAUGGAGGGCUGGAAGAAGGGAAGCCGGUGGAUUUGGUCCUGAGCUGUGUGGACAACUUUGAGGCCAGAAUGGCGAUCAAUACAGCUUGUAAUGAACUAGGUCAGAUCUGGAUGGAGUCUGGUGUCAGUGAGAAUGCCGUAUCGGGGCACAUUCAGCUCAUCAUUCCUGGAGAGACGGCAUGCUUCGCUUGUGCUCCUCCUCUGGUGGUGGCAGCCAACAUCGAUGAGAAGACCCUAAAAAGGGAGGGUGUGUGUGCCGCCAGCUUACCAACAACGAUGGGUGUGGUUGCAGGCCUCCUGGUGCAGAAUGUCCUCAAGUAUCUGUUGAAGUUUGGCACUGUCAGUUAUUAUCUUGGCUACAAUGCCAUGCAGGACUUCUUCCCCAGCAUGGCCAUGAAAGCCAACCCUCAGUGUAACGACCGCCACUGCAGGAGACAACAGGAAGAGUACAAGAAGAAAGAAGCAGAGCGGCCAAAGGUUGAAGUUGUAGAGGAAGAGGAGGAGGCGGUUGUACACGAGGACAAUGAGUGGGGUAUUGAACUAGUAUCAGAGGUGACUGACACAGAGUUACAAGCAGCAUCAGGAGCUGUGCCUGAUCUCCCAGAAGGCAUUACUGUGGCUUACACCAUUCCAGCUGAGGAAGCAGUCAGUGGGGAGACAGUGGCGGAGACCGAACAGAGCCUCGAAGAAUUGAUGGCUCAGAUGAGAAAGUUGUAGGCAACAAUCUGAAGACGCAUUUCUGCUAUUCAGAUUAGACGUGUCAUUUCUUACAUGUCUAUUGCAUCACCUUCUUUAAAAACAAGCAUCCUCAUGAAAAAGUUAAUUACUGUAAAAUAAACAAAAGUCAACUGUACUAACAGCAUAAGAAUGGAAAUGCAUGAAAAGUGAUUCUGAUGACAUUUCACACAACACAACAAGAGAAACGCAAAAGCAGUCAUAUGUUUAUUUUUCGGACGUAUUGGGAAGAUGUGUAGCACUUGGAGUUGGUGCAGUCUUAAUGAAAUGUCCAUAAACCUAGGAUAAUGUCACUGUUAAUGCAUUAACGUGUCACAAUGUGUAUUUUCUACGGUUUUGAUCCGUGAAUGAGUGUCCCCGCCUUUUAAUGUAUGCGUCAUUCACUCAGCUUUCAGAAAGCAUCUGCUGCAACAGA